AUGGCUUUCCUGGUAGAUGGGAACCACACUGCAGUGACAGAGUUCAUUUUAUUGGGCUUGACAGAUGACCCAAUGCUUAGAGUCGUCCUCUUCACCAUCAUCCUGUGCAUCUACCUGGUGACUGUGUCUGGGAACCUCAGCACCAUCCUCCUAAUAAGAGUCUCUUCCCAGCUUCAUCAUCCCAUGUACUUUUUUCUGAGUCACUUGGCUUCUGCUGACAUAGGCAUCUCAUCUUCUGUCACACCCAAUAUGCUUGUUAAUUUCCUGGUAAAUCAAAAUACCAUCUCCUACCUUGGAUGUACUAUACAAUUUGGCUCAGGUUCUUUAUUUGGGACACUUGAAUGCUUCCUUCUGGCUGCCAUGGCUUAUGAUCGUUUUGUAGCAAUCUGUAACCCACUGCUUUAUUCAACCAAAAUGUCCACACAAGUCUGCAUCCAGUUGGUUGUAGGAUCUUACAUAGGGGGGUUUCUUAAUGCUUCCAUCUUCACUAUUUCCAUUCUUUCUUUUCUUUUCUGUGGUCCAAAUAGAAUCAAUCACUUUUUCUGUGAUUUUGCUCCUUUGAUGGAACUCUCCUGUUCUGAUGUCAGUGUUUCUGGACUUGUUACCUCCUUUUCUGCUGGAUCAGUAACCAUGAUCACAGUGUUUGUCAUCGCUGUCUCCUAUACCUACAUCCUCAUCACCAUCCUGAAGAUGCGCUCCACUGAGGGCCGCCAGAAGGCCUUUUCCACCUGCACCUCCCACCUCACUGCUGUCACUCUGUACUUUGGGACUGUAGCAUUUGUUUAUGUGAUGCCCAAAUCCAGCUACUCCACAGACCAGAACAAGGUGAUGUCUGUGUUCUACAUGGUGGUGAUCCCUAUGUUGAACCCCCUCAUCUACAGCCUCAGGAAUAAUGAGAUUAAGGGUGCUCUGAAGAGACAGCUUGGUAAGAAAAUAUUUUCUUAG